GAAAAAUAGUCAAUUGCAGGGAAUGCAAAAUCUGACCGGUUCUAUAUAAGGAGCUUGCAUUCCCACAUAGUUGGACUUACAGUAGUAGCAAAGUUGUCGCUAUAACUCUCAUAUCACACUACAUAUAACAGAACAUGAGUGAUAUUCAUAGAGACACCUUGGAACGUCACGUUUCUGCCGAGGUCCACAAGAGCUUAUCUGACGAUACAGCCACAAAGGAAUCGUUGGAUGUCAGCAAUGACGUUCAAGAUGCUAGCUCUGAAGUCGAAGAAAAGUCCAUUGGGGUCUUGAAGGCUGAAAUCAUCGCAGCUCAAUGGGCUGGAAAAUGGUAUUACCAAGCUAUUUUGUUGUUCUCUGCCUUUUUGGUUGGUUACGGUUACGGUUUGGAUGGUCAAAUCAGAUAUGUUUUCACUGGUUAUGCUACUGCUUCGUAUGCUGAACACUCUUUGUUGACUACCAUUGGUGUUGUCACUGCUGUUGCUGCUGCUGCUUGUCAGCCUGUUUACGCCAGAUUGUCGGAUGUGUUCGGAAGAUUUGAGCUCUUCAUUGUCUCCAUCGUGUUCUACGUCGUUGGUACGAUUAUCGAAUCGCAGUCUAAGAGUGUUCAGAUAUACGCUGCUGGUUCUGUCUUCUACCAGAUAGGUUACACUGGUGUUAUUUUGAUCAUCAUGUGUAUCUUGGCCGAUUUCUCCAGUUUGAAGUGGAGAUUGUUCUACUUGUUCGUGCCAACGUUCCCUUUCAUCAUCAACACCUGGAUUUCCGGUGACGUGACCUCGGCUCUUGGAAUGGACUGGUCGUGGGCUAUCGGUAUGUGGGCCUUCAUUUUCCCAUUGCUCUGUCUUCCAAUGAUCGGUUGCAUGCUCCACAUGAGAUGGUUGGCUGGUAGAACUGAAGAAUGGAGACAAUUCAGGAUAAGACAAACCAAGUUCCAAGAGUUGGGUCCUGUCGGCUUUGCCGUCUACUUGUUCUGGAAAUUGGACAUCAUCGGUUUACUCUUGUUGAUUGUCUGCCUUGGAUGUCUUUUGGUUCCUUUGACUAUUGCUGGUGGUGUCAAGUCCAAAUGGCAGGAUGGCUCCAUCAUUGCUCCUAUCGUAAUUGGUGGUCUUUUACUCCCAGUCUUCGGUUUCUGGGAAUCCUAUGGUGCCAGACAUCCAAUUGCUCCUUUCCAUUUGUUGAAGGACAGAGGAGUGUGGGCUGCUUUGGUGAUUUCAUUCUUGUUGAACUUCAUCUCUGCCAUUGAAUCAUCUUACUUAUACGCUGUUUUGUUGGUUGCUGUUGACGAAACUCAGAAGUCUGCUACCAGAAUCACUUCCUUGUCAUCGUUCGUUUCUGUCAUCGGUGGUGUCUUCUUUGGUUUGUUCGUGGUCAAGUGGAGAAGAUUGAAGGGAUUCAUCAUUUUUGGUUGUGCCAUUUGGAUGGUUUCCUUGGGUAUAUUGUUGCACUUCAGAUCUGGUACCAGUGCUACCGCAGGUAUCAUUGGUGGUGUCUGUUUGAUGGGUUUCGGUACUACCUUCUUCUCAUACCCAGUCAACGUCUCCAUGCAAACUUGUACUACUCACGAGCAUAUGGCCGUGAUCAUCUCGUUGGGUUUGACCGUCUACAGAAUUGGUUACGCCGCUGGUUCUUCUGUUGCUGGUGCUGUAUGGACCCAAGCUUUGUACGAUAAGUUGUUGGACAAGUUGGGCAAUGCUGAAUUGGCUUUGGCUGCAUACACCGACCCAUACACUUUCAUCAUCAAGUACACCUGGGACACUCCUGAAAGACAAGAUGUUGUCGCCGCCUACAGAGAGUUGCAGAGAUUGUUGAUCAUCAUUCCUUUGGUGUUCUGUGUUCCAAUGUUGUUUGCUGGUUUAUUCUUGAGAGACCACAAGCUUAAUGACAACCAGAGUAACAAGGACAUCGAGAAGGCUGACAACAACGAAUCUCUUGGUGGCUACAUCAAAAACUCGUUGAACUUUAAGAAGAACAGCGAGAAGCAGUAAACACUGCUAAUCGAAGCACUCAAACUUGAACCUAAUUUAAUUAAUCUUAAUGUAACCAUAGUUAAUAAACAAUACUAAUUGUAAG